AUGUCUCCGAUUACCCCCGAGAUUAGAGCAUGCGCAGAAAUCAUCACCGGAGAUGAUAUUUGCAGAGAAAAGACCAAGUCUUUGCUCAGAGAAUACGAGCUUCCCGAUGGCCUUUUGCCUGCAGAGGACAUUGAAGAACUUGGUUACGUGAAAGAUACUGGCUUCAUGUGGGUGAAACAAAAGAAAGAUAUAGUCCACAAGUUCGAGAAGGUUGGGAAGCAAGUAUCGUAUGCCACCGAGGUCACUGGGUACUUGCAAAAGUGCAAGAUCAAGAAGCUGACUGGCGUCAAGUCUAAAGAGGUGUUGAUAUGGAUCUCACUGACCGAAAUCUACGUUGACGAUCCACCAACUGACAAGAUCACCAUGAAAACACCAGCCGGAAUCUCCAAAAGCUUUCCAAAGUCCGCCUUUGAGGCUUGA